AUGGUGAAAAUCUUCUCGCUUGGUGGUGUCCUUACCCUCUCCGCUGUGGCCAGCGUGGCUUUGGCUGCUCCCCAAUUCGAAUCCCGCCUGCGCAGGGAUGUCUCCGAACUGGUGGAUCCUGCUGCCGUGGAGUACCUGCCACCCUCAAUCACCGAGGCUGCCCUCCUCAAUGCUGCUGAGCCUGUGGAGGCUGAGCCUGAGGUUGCGGCCGAUCCUGCUGCCAUCGAGGCCGAUCCCGAGGGCACUGUCCUGGGCGAUGAGGGUUACGAGUACCGCACGGUCCGCCGCCUGAAGCUGCGCCAUCGCAACCGUCGGGAUGUCUCCCAUUUGCAACCCGCCAGGCAGUACUUGCCACCCAGCCAGGCUUACCUGCCACCUGCCCAGGAGGUACAGGCUGCCCAAGCUCCAGCAGCCGAUGACACCGAGGAGGUGGUGUCCGCUGCCGAGCCCAAGGUGAACAGGGAGUACCUGCCACCCACUGAGGCUGCUCCUCCGGCUGCCGAGGAGACCACCGAAGCUGCUCCCCAAGAGGAGGAGGCCGAUGUCCGUGUGGUGGAUGUGCCCACCGUUUCGGGGCAACUGCUUCAGGAUGGCUAUCACUACCAGCAACCGGCUGAGAUGCCCGCCGAGCUGCGUGAGGCUGCCCGGGAGUACCUGCCUCCCGUGACCGGAGGAGAGGAGGUGAUUGUGGAGGGUCCAGCCGGAGGCGAGAGCGCCGUGCUGACCAGCGAUGGAUACCAGUACCGUGCUGUCAGGCGUUACAGAUUUUAAAUUUCUCAGUUUA